CCGCAGGAAAAAUCAAACUCUUUACCAUCCAAAGGCCCCACGAGAACUCCCACCACCACCACCACCACCACCAAGAGGAGGCUGAUGGAAGCCUUUGUGUCCAUCCAGCUGGAAAAAGUGGGGCUGCGUGACGAGAUGCUGAAUUCAUUUAUGAAGAAGAAACAGGCCGCGGGGGGUCUUAUAAAAACCCCAGAGGAAGCAGCAAAGAUCAAAAGGAGCCUCAUAAUCGACUUUCUCGAGAAGUAUGUCCACGAAAAAACAACUCCGCUCCUUUUGUUACAAGAUAAGACCAUAUUCAACACACAGAUAUCUCAGUAUUGUGUCAGAGCGCAGAUUGUUGCAUAUUACUACAGUCUGACCUCUCUUUUGGACGGCAUCCCCUCCAUCCGUCGGUCCCACUUCACGACUGAACAGGCCGGCGAGCCCAAACCUAUUUUGGAUUCGGGAAUUGACGUUUGCCGCGACCCCAGCAGCUCUCGGCGUGGGCUGCAGCAGCUGUUGUCUGCGGACGGCAAAACCCUGCUCGACCUGUGGGUCAUCCCUCGCUUCUCCGAGGUGCUUCACAUGUUCAAGACGCUGGAGGUUUCGGCCUGUGCCACGGCUCUCCAUCACACUCUGCAGAUAGCUUCAGCUCUUCAUGACAUUAUUUAUUACCUGGUGAGUUUCUUCAGACUCGGAAACACUGAAAUCUCCUGUAGCCGGAGGAGAAGAGGCCAGGAGGCACCAGGCUCACAUCUUGUAGCUGACUGGGGAGGCACUGAAGGCAUCGGAGCAGAGCUGCUGGAGCUCCAGCGCCAGGUCGACCGUCUGUCUGAUCCCAGCAGCCCAGAGUCUGUCGGCCGCCUGCUGCAGCUGCACAGGCAGGUCGUCCUGCUGCAGUUUGACACUGCCGUCAGACACCAAAUCAGGGAGGCGUUCCUCUCCUCUGGUGAUGUUGCUUCCUACCAGAGUGUGAGUGACAACAUGACGGCCGCCCUCCCUCUGCUGAGUGACAGUAUUCAGGCUGACGUGUUCAGUCUCACGCUGCCUGUUCCUCGACCUCUAGAGACUCAAGGCUGUCAGGCACAGAGGAUGUACUCAUGGAGAAGUUUCAUAGCCUGUCAUGGAUUGUUCCCUGUACAUGUUUGGGACAUACCGUCCAUCGAAUGCUGCAUGCAGCUGUGCCUGAGUGGUCUGAGUGAUAGCAGCAGACUGCAGGCCAAUGCAGCAAUCCUCGGUGUGUCACUGCUCAUGGAGGAUGUCCUGAACAGUGGAGGUGACGCAGUGCCUGUUCGUCUCCAUGGCAACAAAGAUGCCCUUCUGCACGAUGAAAGACCUAAUGAGGGGGACGAAAGCUGCCUGGAAGCCGGACUAGAAGAGAAGAAGACCUGUGUGUCAAACACCACACCGCCUCUUCAGGAUCCGGUUCGAGUCCAGUCUGUGCUGAAAGGCUUCCUCCUGCUGACGAAGCAGCUUCAGGUCUUCAAGGAGAGCUGGGCUCGAAGACGUUUGGGCACCGAGAUAUUCACUUCGCCCAGUUUAUAUCGGCAGUUUGUGAACCUCUACAGAGCUGAAAUCUUUUACCCCAGUAUGAAAGCUCUGGCUCAACAAAUGGGUAAAGAGCGUGACUAUGAGGUCUUAAUUUCUGGCAGCCAGUCUCUCCUGCCCCCUCCUGGAGCUUCAGAGGUUGACGUGAAAGCCUGGCAGCUUCACAGACUGCUGGAGAGCACCGAGUGUGACAUGAUAAAGGCAGUGCAGAGGAAGAUCAACAGAGAGCUGACCCUGGUGGUUUCAGAGCGAACUCAACAGGAUACAAGCCUCCCAACAGGGUUGUGGAAAAAAGCCCCGCUGAAGUACAGUUUGUCCCCUGAGCGGCCGCAGAUUGUGGAGGCGUUCAUCCAGCAGCUGAUGGAAGGAGCUGAGCAGGUGGAGGGACAGCUGAAGUUCUCCCGGGAACACCUCCAGCGGUGUUUCACUCACCUCGGCUCCUCUCUGAUGGAGCGAGAGCGUCGCAGCUUCCUGCUUUACUCUCAGUUUUAUGAGCGAAUCCUGCAGCAGGAGACUCAGCUUCUGUACCAGAAGGAACAGGAUAUAAAGAACCUUAAGGACUCUCAGAAAAGCCACCCUCACAGAGAGGUGUCAGGUUUAUGCCGUGGGAUGAUGCUGGAGAUCUCGGCCCUGCGGGCUCAAGUCGCUCACCUUGAAGAAGAGAAGCGUUGUCUCGAAGAACAUCUCAGUCUCAAAUUCAAAGAGCGUUACGACCCUUUGGUCCGACAACUCUUCUCUACCUGCAUCCGGCUAAAGGCCCGACUGGACGUGUAUCGCCGGCAGAUGGAGCAGGAUGUGAGUGUGAUGUUGAACAGAAUAAGAGCGGAGGGAGUGGACAGAAUUAUGAAGCUCAAAAAGAAGUACGGCUGCACCAAAGACAAUGAUGAACUCAUUCUCACACAGUUCAAGAGGGAAGAGGUCCAUGAGCUGAGCCUGGAGACCAGCCGGCUGACUGCUCUGCUCUGUCAAGUGAAGGCUCUGAGUCGAUGGAGGCAGGUGGUCGACCAGCAGAAACUUCACCGACUGCUGCUUCAGACUCAGCAGAGGGAGAUUACCAGUCGCACCGCGGCCAUCAGAGUGAAGAUGGUCGCAGAGGAGGAGGUGGUUUUCCUGCGGGAGGAGCUGGACGCCGCCCGGCAGCUGUUGACCUGCUGCCAGGCCGAGUGCAGCCGCGCCAAGAAGCUGCUCAACAGGAAGACAGAGGAGCUCCAGGUGGCCAGGCAUCAGUCUGCGCAGGAGGCCCGCAGCAGGCAGGAGCUGGACAGUUACCGAGUGCAGAACCUGGAACAAAUGAGAGCCGAUGUGGAGGACAGAGACAGACAGCUCAGUGCGCUCAGCGAGCAGCUGGACAGGGGCGGCAGGAUGAGCCAGUUACAGAGACAUCGAAGCGCCAAAGAGAUCAGACAGGUGAGGGGCCAGCUACAUCUGGAGCGCUGCCUCAAACAAGAAGCCUUUCAGCAGGUGGAUAAGCUAAAAAACCAGCUGAACGACAUGGAAGCGGCUCUCUCCAGGUGCACCUCUAACACAGGGCAUAGCGGGACAUGUUACACGCUGGCAGUCAGCAGACUGAGCACUAGAAGUCCCUCAGCAGGUCUACGCAGGGCCGGUCAGCAGCAGUCCUGCCUGCGGCUUGGCAGCCUUACAAACUACAACGCACCUCAGGACUCUGCUACAGAGCCAAGACACCGGAGAGCAGAAACAGCCGGGAGUCGUUCAAACCCAAGAAUAGGCAGACCAAAAGCAGAUCCGUCUCGCCUGCAUGUUCGGACUCCAGAGACGCUGUUACCAGAGCUGUGAGAUGCCGUAAAGGACCCCGGGGUGUUUUUGUAGGGC